AUGCAGUAUCUCGGACCGAUCCUGAUGGGAAUUGGCUCGUUUAUUCUGAUUAUCGCAUGUGUGGUGACCCUCGAAAGUAGAGAUAAGCACGCCCAGGUAAUUACCGAGGAGUCGAUGUCGUUCAAGAAACGACGAAUGAUGUCGAUUGAAGAGCGGGCAGAAUUAUCGAUGAACGAGGUCAGCGCGGAUGAUGAUGAGAGCCCAAUUACGCCCAUGGUCGAAAAUCAGACCACUGUUGAUCAAUACAACAGCAUCAGCACCUUGGCCGAGGUUCAUCGGCCUCGUCCGGCUGCUUCACGGAUGGCUCCUCUAGCUGAGAUUGAUUCACUGGUGAGUCAACGAACUUCCUCCAGUGUUUUUUUGCAGCAGUGGCCAAGUAACCGCGUUGCCAAAUUUAGCAUUGCUAUGAUUUAUCGUUAG